UAGACUACCGGCUCCUACUCCUCUGGCGACACAGCAGAACCAAGCAGGGAGCCUGACUGAGCAGAACAUUUCCCCAUCACUAAAACAGGAUGUGGUCUAACUGUUGCUGUAGGUUCCUGGUUCACAUGAUUUCCAAACAGCAGUGGAGUAUGCCUUUCAGUUUGCCUCUGUAGUCCCAUAUGCUAAUUUUUCCUUAAAUUCUCCAUGUUUUCUCUCUCUGUGCGGGUUCAUCCCUAUGACUAGAUGUGAGUUAAAGCAUUGCACAGAGCCACAAGUGUACCCCGGAUAAUAAAGAGAAAAAGAAACAGUUGCAGACUGGAGGAAGUAGUUGUGCAAGUUCUUUCUUCCCCUUUUCUCUGCUUUUCCUGUAUUGUCCUUCCUUCCUGUAGCUUUGUGUCUGUAUGUUUGUGUCCUCACUAUGUGUUUGUCUUGUGGUCUAACUAGGGAGUGGGUCAGUGAUGCUCAUGUUCUUAAGGCAUUUUGUGGCAUCUAAGGUCACAGUAUUCAAAUCCCUACAUUGCUCUUCAUUUCCUGUAAAAUGUUUAUACUUGCAUCUGUGUAUUAGUUAUGCAAAUUAUGAACAGUUGCAUUUAUUUCACAGAUUACUGGUUUUCUUCUAUACAUCUCUCUCACUCUCUCUCUCUUUUCUCUCUCUCUCUCUCUCUCUCUCUCUCUCUCUCUCUCUCUCUCUCUCUCUCUCUCUCUGUCUAUGUAAAUGCUGUAGGGGUGCCGGAUGAGAGUUCACUGGCUAGAGUAGCAGUCUGCAUAUUCUUAAAUACAAUAACCACUUGAUUAGUCUACUGCUGUGCAUUAAAAACUCUGCCCCUCUUCCUUUUUCUUCUUAUAUCUCAUCUUAAUUCUCUCACACUAACCCUCUCUCCUCUCCUUGUCCCCAUCUCUCCUACUACCAUCCCCCCCUCUCCUCUCCCCAUCCUCAUCUCUCCUACUACCGCUCCACCCACCCCCCCUCUCCUCUCCCCGUGCUCAUCUCUCCUACUACCGCUCCACCCACCCCCCCUCUCCUCUAUCUCUCUCCCCUAUCAGGUCACCAUGUCCAGGAAGGUAGUCAGGGCCAGUAAGUUCCGUCAUGUCUUCGGCCAGGGGGUGAAGGCUGACCAGUGCUAUGAUGACAUCCGCAUCUCCCAGAUGACCUGGGACAGCAACUUCUGCUCUGUCAACCCCAAGUUCGUGGCCAUGAUUGUGGAUGCCAGCGGAGGAGGGGCCUUCCUAGUGCUGCCUCUGAACAAGACGGGUCGUAUUGACAUGUCCCAGCCCACAGUCUGUGGACACACGGGCCCAGUGCUGGAUAUUGAGUUCUGUCCCCACAACGACAACAUCAUUGCCAGUGGUUCAGAGGACUGCAGUGUCAUGAUUUGGGAAAUCCCGGAGGGUGGCCUGGUCACGCCCUUGAACGACCCCGUGGUGAAGCUGGAGGGGCACUCCAAACGCGUGGGCAUCCUCAGUUGGCACCCCACUGCCCACAAUGUGCUCAUGAGUGCAGGCUGUGACAACGUGGUGAUCCUGUGGAACGUGGCGUGUGGAGAGGCCAUGGUGAGGAUCGACUCGGUCCACCCUGAUCUCAUCUACAGUGCCUGCUGGAACAGGGACGGCUCCCAGAUCCUCACCUCCUGUAAGGACAAGACCAUACGUGUGCUGGACCCCCGCAAGGGCACAGUCAUCGCCGAGAAGGAGAAGACACACGAAGGCUCCAGGCCUGUCAAGGCUGUGUUUGUGUCCGAAGGGAAGAUCCUGAGCACCGGCUUCAGUCGCAUGAGUGAGAGACAGGUGGCACUUUGGGACCCGAAGAGCUUUGGGGAGCCACUCACCCUGCAGGAGUUGGACACCAGCAGUGGUGUCCUAUUGCCCUUCUUUGACCCUGACACUGGCGUGGUCUACCUCUGUGGCAAGGGUGACAGCAGUAUCCGGUACUUUGAGGUGACGGAUGAGGCUCCCUAUGUUCACUACCUGUCCAUGUACAGCAGUAAGGAGAGUCAGAAGGGCAUGGGCUACAUGCCCAAGAGGGGCCUGGAGGUCAACAAGUGUGAAAUCGCCAGGUUUUACAAGCUCCAUGAGAGGAAGUGCGAGCCCAUUGUCAUGACGGUGCCCCGCAAGUCUGACCUGUUUCAGGAGGAUUUGUAUCCAGACACCAUGGGUCCAGAGCCGUCUGUGGAGGCCAAUGAGUGGUUUGAAGGCAAAGAGGGCCAACCUAUCCUGAUCUCCUUGAAGGACGGUUUUGCGACAACCACCAAAUCCAAAGAGUUCAAAGUUCACAAAAGUCUUCUGAAGACCACAUCAGCAGCCAUGGGGCAUCAGCACGGUAACACUGGGGAGGUACAUGCCUUGCAGAAGGAGGUGAAGACUCUGAAGGAAACAGUAGAGGAGCUGACCAAGCGCGUGAGCGAACUGGAGAGCAAGAAUUGAAACAGAGCCAUUGGGUUCGAGAUGGAGCUGAUGGAGAGAGAGAAGGAGGUGUAAAGAGGAGAAGAUAAAGAGGAGAUGAAAGUCAAAUAGUUAUAAAUAGUUGGGGAUAUUUGAAGGAAAGAUGUUUAAAGGGAGAGUUGGAGACAGGAUCCAUCAAUAUCAGCAGCCAAAUAUUUUCGGGUCUGGAAGCUUGAAUUCGUUUUUUGGUGUCAGUUGUCACAUUUAUAGAGACUUGUUUUUAAUAUAUGCUCUUACAUAGUUGGAAAUAAAAGUCCUUAAUAUUUUCCAAAAUA